AUGCAACACAAGAUCGAGACCAUGCAAAACGUGAGUGUGCAGUCGUCAGGACAGCUACUUUCCCUUUUCGAACAGCAGUACACGACUACCUUCUAUGAUUCGAUUGCCGACAAGCGUCAACACUCUCCGUACACGCAAGCCAUGCUGAAUGUAAUGAGUUUGUCACUAUGUAGACAAAUUUGUCGUCUCUAUCGAAGUGCAAGCGGUCGAAAGAAAGUUAUCGUUCUCGAUUGCGACAACACUCUGUGGGGUGGUGCAGUAGCUGAAGUGGGACCCAGUGGGAUCGAUCUUGGUCCCAGAUUUCUCUCACUCCAGCGUUUCGUUGUUGCCCAGCAGCAACGAGGUAUGCUGCUUGCUCUUUGCAGUAAGAACAUUCUCGAGGACGUGACGGAGGCUUUUAAACUACGUCGUCAGGAUAUGGUCCUGGACUUGGACAAACACGUGAUAGCCACUAAGGUUAACUGGCAACCGAAGUCGGAGAAUAUCGCGCAACUCGCCAAGGAGCUCUCUCUAGGGCUGGAUUCAGUCAUUUUCAUCGACGACAAUCCUCUGGAAUGCAACCAAGUUGCCACUGCGCUGCCUUCCGUGACAGUCAUCCCACUCGCAGAGCAUUUUCCCGAGUCAGUACUAGUCCACGAAUGGGUUUUUGAUGAUGAUAACCAGCGGACGCAGCUUUAUCAGCAGAAUCUCCAUCGCCAACAACUUCGUGAGUCUUCCUCAACACACAGAGCUUUCUUAAGUGCUCUCAAAGUGAAAAUUGUCUUUGAAGAACUCGAUCGCGACCAAGAAGUUCAAGAGAGGAGCCCCUCGUACACUCGAGUGAUGCAGCUUCACCAUCGCACAAAUCAGUUUAACACGGCAACGUCAUUCGCUAAGCGCUUGGAGGAAGGAGAGUUGCUGGAUUAUAUCGUCGCUCCAGAUCACACAGUGAUCUGCGCUCACGUGACGGACCGUUUCGGUCAUUACGGUCUCGUGACUGUGGCUCUUUGUCAACAUGUACACGAUGCCAAUGUGUUGCGUGUCGACAGCUUUCUGCUCAGCUGUCGCGCAUUAAACCGAGGAGUGGAGCAUGCUAUGAUGCGAAAACUGAGUGAAGUCGCAGCAAGAAGUGGUGCAAUAGCGAUGAAGUUUGUCUGGGAGCCAACGGAGCGCAACCAACCAGCGCACACUUUUUUCUCUUCGCUAUAUCAUGUGGCGUUUGAACUCAAGAAUGAAUACGACUUCGCAGUCGCUGGCAAGGAGCUUAGCGCCUCUAAAACCGGCAGUUGGGCUAUUGCAACAGACAAGGGAAGCCAGGUAUCGUUCCUCAAAGCUGAAGACGCCAAUCAGCGUAGCAUUAAGGCGGGUGGGUUGAUAAGCUGGCUUCUUCACCUCCAGGAAUUUGCUCUUCCGGUUGUCAGAUGGAUGAUGUUUUCCAUUACAUUGCCACAAUGGCUAGUGCGUUUAUUCAAGCCCUCCCUCGUUCAGCGGCUUGGUAACCUGGAUUAUGCUGGAUCGUUGCGAGUUCCUCUCCGUGAUCGAGGCAGCUUGGAACAGUUCGUCACUCCUGCACUACACAACAUUUUAAGCAUAAAUAAAACCGUAACCAUCGCAACCGACUACGACGACUCGGACAGCGACGACAAGUUUCGACGGAAGGCACGUCACCAAACCAAGAUGGCACUGGCGAACCAUCUCCACGGAGAAGCUCCACGCGUGAUUUGGUCCGCGAAUCGUCCACAUGCCGACAGUCAUUUUACAGUUGGCGACGAUGUCACAGUCUCCGACUCCGCAAGCUGUCUUCACCUUGUUUGCGAAACUCCGCAAUGCUCUUCAACGAUUCAGCGUGAAAGUCGGUGCGCCUUUCAGCGCUGUCGCAGUUGCUGCUACCGGAUUCAGCGACUCCUGACGCGCACAUUGCACCAUGGCAAUGCUGAGGCCCGACAGUCGGCGCUCUACGCCCUCAAAGCAGAAUUUGCUGUUGAUGUUUCCACCGAGCAUAUACAGUCGGCUGGUCUUGACACGCAGUGGUGCGCAGCUCAUCAGAAUUUACGGCGGCGUGGAGAGAUGUUCAAACAGAAAUCCACAGUGACGAAAAAGACUGUAAAGAUCCCACAGUAA